GCGUCCUCAGCACCAGGUGGCCGUGAAGAGGUCAACCGGCGAACAUUCGGUCGGUUGUUUUCGAGCAGUGGAGAACAGAGAGUCGCGCCGGUUGCGGCAGGUCACGAGGAACGGGGUAUUCAGGAUGGCCUACAUUAUCCGGCCUUAUCGGUGAGAGAACUCGGCGAGGAGAGGAGAGGCGGUAACGCAAAGAGGUGAGAGGACCGGCCGAGAUAAUAGCGGGACAGGAAGAAAAAUGGGGCAAGCCUGGUGCAAGGAGAAGACCACGAAGGCUGAGGACUCCAAGUCCCCCUUGGACCGGGUCUUCGUGCGAUGCGCACACCGGAUUUACCCAAGCCUGAAGGAAGAAGGGUCAGUUCUUGGGGGCGCAACGCAAAGGGUGACUAGUUCGGAGAUUGGGUACGCUGGUUCGCCGCCAAGGGAGGUGCUCACGAGGGGCAGGAGCAUAGACUCCGUGGACAGGCCUUUUCAUCCGAGCGACUGGGUUGACGUGAACCUCGAAGUACCGAGCACACCGAGGCCGAGCUCGGCCCUCACGAAUUUAACCGUCGACACGAGCCUCUAUCCAGCCACCACGCCGACGUCCAGCUGUUCGAAUCUGAAAGAAUCGGCGCCGGUUCCUCCACCGCGUCGGAAGAAGCGGAACAAAGGCAGACCGUUGCCUCCGAAGCCGGACGAGGUCACCGAAAGCACAGCCGCGAAUUUGAAACGUUCCGAGACAGGGGACGAGCCUUUGUACUCGUCGGUGAAAUCGCCGAAAAGCAGCGGAGACGAGCAGGAUGCCGAUGAGGAGAUCAAACUUGACAAACAUCGGGAUGGAAGAAAGACGAAGGAGAUUUAUGAACACAAGGUUAACGGGACCGGGAAGAUAAUAUCCAGCGACAUGGUGUCUGGCAAGAGGACAUCGUACGCCGACGACAGGAAAAUCGGCAAGACCGAGAUCAACCAGAAUCAUCGGAAGGCUCACGAGACCGACGAGUACGAGAGGUUCGCGAGAACCAGGACAAGCAAGGACUCGUCGACGCCUAAUCGGGAGGACAAAAGGGGCCGGCUGGAGCCCGAGAAACAGAUCAAGGAUACCUCGAGGGACGCCGAGAGAUCGAACGGUCACGCGAGGACCAAGAACUACAGCACUGUCAGCCUGCCAAAUUACGACGAGCUGGACGUGGCCAGGCAUCAAACGAAGGGGAUGAAUGAACAGCAUCCUGCCGGGGACAGAACAAAGUCUCGGAGACCCGUCAGGAGCAGCACCGGCUCGCUUCCGGCCGAAUCCUUUCUCGCGCCCUUCUCCGAGAAAACGAGCGUGCGACUCGAGGACUACAUACCGAGCCGCGGCAGCCCCGAUAACCUAUCGCAGGAGCUGGACCUGGAGAAACUCGAGUGCGGGGGCGAGCCGGUGGUCGAGGUCGGGUUCCUGAAGUACGACCCGAGUAAAUCGGAGGAUUGGGAACUCGGCGGUGGCAUCGGUAAUUGCGAAUUGAGUCACCAGCCCCGACUCUCGGUCGAGGAUCCCCGGCGGAUCGGCAACGGUAACGACUCCGGCGAGGACGAGGACGUCAUCGAUUUUGGACGAAGAUCGCCGGCCGAUCCUGAGGACGUCCUAUCGCCGGUGUAUAUGCAGAAGCCCGAGUCCUUUGGAAAAACACCGUCCCCGGCAGUUGGCGAGCCCGAAUAUUCUGAAGUGGAUCCAAAUAGGACUCACUUGAGGUACUUUAAACCACCCACGCUCGAGGACAGCUGCAGAAAUUCGACCGCCUGUGAGACUUCCGCUUCCAAAGAGCCGUUUUACCUGGACGAGGCGAAACAUCGUUCAGCUCUCGAUACGAUCGGAGGCAGCCACGGGGGCAAGCUGGAGGCGGAUCGAUCGGACCAGCCCGGGAUGAUCUUCCGGAGUAGCCUGACGACGGAGAGCGAGCCGGAGGAGGACGCGUACGAGCCCAAGGAGCUGUCGGGCCGUCCGGCGAGCCUGAUCAGGACGAUCUCCGAAGAGUCGUUGCCGCGGGAGAUGCUGGAGCAGCAGGAAUUAGAGGACUUCUUCGACGAGAAGCUGGCGAAGGACACGCACAACAAGCUUAGGAAGAACCUGGACCGGACGACGAUCACGCCGCCGCCAAGUCCCGAGCCGAGGAUCAAGCCGGAGCUGCUGGAGAACGAUCAUUCGACGCUGCUGAAGGUGCUCAAAGAUGAAACCGCGGAGGAGAGCAACCUGAGCUCGAUGACGCCCAGCUUGACCGAGCUGGAGGCCGCGCUGUCCGACAUGCUGGAGAAAGAGGAGCCCCAGGAGCUCCUGAAAGACGACGCCAGGACGGAGAACUGGCCGACGAAGCAGCUCGUUCGGGACUCGAAGAUCGACGAUGCGAAAAUAAACCGGAACCCGUCGGUCGACGUCGCGGAUCAUCCAGUCCAGGGAUCCACGGACCAAGCUCCCGUGUCUCUCGGACAGAUCCUGGAGAACAGGAAGCCGAUUACCAGCAGGAAGGUCUCGUUCUGCGCCUGGGAGGAGACGCUGCUGGAGACGGAUGAUCGGGACGAUCGGGAAUUCACUGAACGUCCGACGGAUUUAGAUAAGAACACCGUUUCUCAUCGGAACGGGGGCCGCCGCGGGGACACCGGGGAGGAGGAGGCGACGCCGUGUCCCAACGACCAACCGCCCGAGAAGCCCACCAGGCUGAACAGGAGCCUCGAGGACUUGAUGGAGGACACGGAAAACGUACCCACCCCGCCCCGCAGGAGACACAGGAGCCUAGGGAAGAGGGAGGAGGAAAUCGCACGAAAUGGCUCCGCGGUGGCCGAAGCUUACCCCAACGACAGACUCAUCUGAUCGCGUUCUACCAAGAGCCCCGUCCUCCGAGCACUCUAGACGCUGGGUCCCGGUCUCGCCGAAAUUUUCAACACAGUUUUCGAGCGUCGCUCCGCGAUCCUCGGGAUCCACGGAUCGUUCUGGCGACCGGGGAAUACGUUACUUAGAGCACCAAGGUCGACUUCUUCGAUCCUGAUGAACACUUGCGCGCCUUCGUUGCGCGCUCCCGACCGUGCUUAUUCAUCGUCGGACCGCAGAACUUUGUGCGAAAUAAACAUUGUCUGCGUUGAUUGCCGAUAGAAUUUUUCACGAGGUUGAAAACGAAUACGUUUGUCCUCGGUCUGUUUGUUGUUCACGACUGUGCGGGAUUGCGCGGUUGAACGGAGAGGAGGCGAUCGAUUUUGGUUAUUGUUUUUGUCGUUGUGCUGGUACGUGUUACCUGACAAUGUAUUUUAUUUGUUGCUACGUGUGAGUCAGUCGUUAAGGUCCUUUGUACAGCCUACCGUUGUCAUUGUUUCGCGCGGCUUUUGGUCGAAAGCUAACGUUUGCAAUAAUUGGAAUUUCGACGAGCUAAGAUACAGAGCGUGAACAAUUUUAUUUGCUUCCGUAGAGGAUACGGAGAAUCGAGAGCUAAUUAAAAUCGAGAAGAAGACAAUGAGAAAAGCGACGAUCGCGUAGGCUUGCAAGGACUUGUGACGCGCAGGAGCUUCCGGAGGAAAAGAAAAUUAGAGGUGAAAUAUAUUAAUUUAAAUAAGAUAACGUCCAGGCUUUCUGUUCGUCGAACGAGUUUUUACUUAAUGUACUUGCAAUUUUCGAGGUUUUACAUAAGAUUGGAAGGAAGCUCUCGCUCGUGUCUCCGUUGCAUCGGUCGCGAGAGCUUCGUUAUGAUCUCCAUUUUGUCUCACUACCUCUUCAUCGUUCCAUCCUUGAUCGUCGUAUGAUAGAGAUUUUUGAAUAAUACGCACAGUAACCAACAGAUACGGUUAUCGAAAUCCGCAAGAAGAAACGAAAAAUAAAUUAUUCCACGCUAUCCAAGUACGAGGCUGCCACGUUGCAACCUCUAAAUAACCUUCCCGGACGCCAUUGUAAGGAACUAACGUUUCGUGUAAGAAGAGUAUAAUUUCACGAACUAAAUACAGUAUUUCACGAGGCA